AUGGGUACCACAUUACUCAUUCUAUGUGGUGUCGUUUCAUUUUUGAUCGUGAGGACCACCUAUCGCCUUUGCUUUCAUCCACUGCGUAAAAUACCAGGACCUCGCCUGGCAGCAGCUACGCAUCUCGUGGAGUUUUAUUAUGAUGUGGUCAAAGGUGGGAAGUUUAUCUGGGAGGUUGAGAAAAUGCACAAAAAAUAUGGUCAUUGGCAGAUGCUGACUGCAAGAUUUAUAGGGCCUAUUGUCCGCAUAAACCCUCGUCAGGUUCAUAUAAAUGACCCGGAUUUCUAUGAACAAAUAUAUUCUGGUAGUAAAAGCAGACGUGACAAGGACACCUCUUAUCCUCCACGGCUAUCUGCAUCACUCUCGGUGAUAUCUACAAUUUCUCAUGAUCAUCAUCGACUGCGUCGCUCCGUGAUGAAUCAAUUCUUUUCAAAGCGAUCUGUCAUGAAGCUAGAGCCCAUUAUCCAGGACAAAACCGACAAGCUUGCAGAUCGAUUGAAGGAAGUCCAUGCGAGUGGGAGACCUUUGAAGCUGGAGUAUGGCUUCUCUGCAUUGACCGCCGAUGUAAUCACGCACUACUGCUACGGUACAAGCUACCGAUACCUUGAAGACCAAUUCCCGGAAAAUGAUCUGAGAGAUGCAUUUGGUGGUCUUUUCCUUUUGAACCAUAUUUUGUAUUUCUUUCCACCUCUCUGCGCCAUACUGAACAACAUCCCUCAUAGGUUAAUGCAGCUCAUUGACCCAAAAUCAUCUGUGAUGGCAUAUCUUCGAGCUCGGCUGCAUAAGCAGUCUAGCGAGACUGUCCAACAAAAUAAAAGCCCUAAAGCAGGUGAUAGAGAGACCAUUUUCGACGCCUUACUUGACCCAAGCCUACCUCCAAGUGAGAAAACGAUUGAGAGACUGAGUGAGGAAGGGCUGAUCCUAUUGGGCGCGGGGUCAGAAACCACUGCAAACACUAUGGCUUUAGGCGCCUACCACUUGACUAGAAACAAGCCUGUGCUGGAGAAGCUACGGGCGGAGCUGAUGCAAGUGAUGGUUUCCCCGGACAGCCGUCCAACAUGGUCCGAGUUGGAGCAACUACCUUACCUAACGGCCGUCAUAAACGAGACACUCCGCAUGGCUAUAGGAGGCUCUUGGAGGCUCCCAAGGGUCUCCCCCAAGGAGGAUUUAAUGUACGGGAAGUAUGUGGUACCAGCAGGAACGCCUAUGAUAACCGCAAGUUAUUUUGUUCACAUGAACUCUUCUAUUUUUCCCGAUCCGUACAAGUUUGAUCCUGAUCGAUGGAUCCGAGCGAACGAAAGGGGGGAGCGCUUGUCCAGAUAUAUUGUCAGUUUCAGCAAAGGAACCAGAGCAUGCAUUGGCAUUAAUAUGGCAUAUGCGGAGCUCUACCUAGUCCUCGCUCGUGUCGCGCGACAGUUUGAAUUUGAGCUGUUCGAUACCAACGAAGAUAAUGUCCGAUUUGCUCGUGAUUACGUGGUACCGCAUGCUGAAAACGGCCCAUGGAGCGUGAAAGCUUACAUUAAGGAUGUGAUUCAAGACUAG